GAAGGAUAAAGUAAGUCGAAAAUGUCAAAGCACAUGCAUUCCUGUCGGGCGAGUAAUCAACGCACCUGAAAGCUGACUGGAUACAAAAGUGCAGUCGUACGGAUUUUCUGUCCAUAUUAAACAUUAAAGUCUUUGGGGAAGGCCACCUGCACCGUUUCCCGCUGACGUGGAACAGGUUAACAUGGAAUGGACAACUUAACAGCAAAAAAGACCGUGACUGGGGGGAGCUCGGGAGCGACUGGGACUGUAACCGAGACCGUGACCACCACCAGUCGUCUUACAUCUCUGCCUCCAAAGGGCGCCACUACCACCGUUAGCAGUCUAAAGCCUACGUCCUCUGAAAGUUCUGGGGGGGCGGUACUAGUGGAGAAGAAAAUCAUCUCAGUGAGCAGUAGCGGCAGCAGUUCUGCUACAUCCAAGGGCGCCACUACCACCGUUAGCAGUCUAAAGCCUACGUCCUCUGAAAGUUCUGGGGGGGCGGUACUAGUGGAGAAGAAAAUCAUCUCAGUGAGCAGUAGCAGCAGCAGUUCUGCUACAUCCAAGGGCGCCACUACCAGCGUUAGCAGUGAAAAGCCUGCGUUCUCUGAAAGUUCUGGGGGGGCGGUACUAGUGGAGAAGAAAAUCAUCUCAGUCAGCAGUAGCGGCAGCAGUUCUGCUACAUCCAAGGGCGCCACUACCACCGUUAGCAGUGAAAAGCCUGCGUCCUCUGAAAGUUCUGGGGGGGCGGUACUAGUGGAGAAGAAAAUCAUCUCAGUCAGCAGUAGCGGCAGCAGUUUUGCUACAUCCACUUCUGGAGCACUUUCUCUGGGAGUGUCCACCGGUUCUGGAGAAGGAGGAGCGGGACCCGCAGGACUCCUGACGAUCGGCUCAGGAGGAGGUUCUGCCAUCAGAGGUUCUGCAGUCGGGGGUUCUACUGUCGGAGCUUCUACAGUCACAGGUUCUGCAGGAGGAGUUUCCGGAGGAGGCAGUUCCUCCAGGAGGGGCUCUGCGGGUCUGGUUUCUGUCAUAAGCACCGCCGGCGUUUCCUCCGGAGGAAUGUCCGGUAGGAGGGGCUCCAAAGGUGGGCUCGUGAGCUCGUCCGCAGCCAUGACGACCGUCUCCACGAGCUCGUCGGCUGUCAGCUCCUUGUGGUCGUCAGGAGGGGUCGCCGCAGAUGCGGGGACGAGAGCCGUAACCAUGACUACCGCCACCAAGGAGGGCUACAGCUCGGGCGGGUCGGCGGGGACAAAGAGGUCACACGGCAGCAGUGCCUUGCCCACGUACUCCCCCGUCUCCACGGAGAGGAAGAUGAUCAUCAACCGCUCGGGGGGCUACGCAGAAAGUUCCAGUGAGACAUCUUCACCAGAAUAUACAAGAAAAGAGUAUGCUUCAGUUUCGAGCAGGGGGCGGACCCAGACCCGAGAGAGUGAAAUCAGAGCAAGACUUCAGAGCGCAUCUCCUUCCACCAGAUGGACUGAGCUGGAUGAUGUGAAGAGGCUCUUGAAGGGAAGUCGUUCCUGCAGUAUCAGCCCUCCCCGCUCCCCCACCAACACCCUGCCCAUCCCCAAGAAAAAAGCCACUCUGGAGCGUGUUACCUCAGAGGGGAGCCAGUCAGCGCAGUACGAAGCCUCAGAGCUGCAGUCCUUCCUGUGGGCCAACUCUGGUGCCGGGUACGGCUACGGCAACGCAAACAACAUGUACGGUGGAACCUCAGUUCAAGGAGUCCCAAACAACCUGGCCCUGGGCGGAUUGGGUGGGACUGUCCCCGUUUAUGGGGUUCAGAAUAACCUCUCUACUACCAAUACCAAUGUUCUGACUGCAAAUGGAAUCAACGCCAAUGCAAUAUCCGGUUAUCAGAAGAACAUAGCUCCAGCUAUGAACGGGCCCACCAUCAAUGCAGUUGGGGUCUCUACUGUGGCAGCGGCAGCACCCCGGAGCCCGGCAAGCGAUGACGUCUUCCUGAAAGACCUGAAGUUCCGGAUGGAGGACAAGGAGAACGUCCCCGCCAAGAAGGAGUCUGACGUCCUAGUCUCGGCCAUCGACAGCGAUAAGUUCUGCAGUGCCCGAACCUCAGAUCCCUUGAAGAAAGACAGGAAGGUGUUCGGCUCCACAGAUGGGCCCCUGAGUGCUGCUGACACUGCCUUCUAUACUGAGAAGGCGCCAGUCAAAGAUAAAGCAACAUAUACAAAGAUCGAAGAUGAGAGGGACAAGGAAGACGGCCUGGGAGGUCUCUGUGGAGGGGGGUCGUGCUGCUCCUGGUGGAAGUGGCUGCUGGGCCUCCUCCUCACUCUGCUCCUCCUCUUGGGCCUCCUGAUCGGACUCAUCGCUCUCGCGGAGGAGGUUAAGAAUCUGAAGGCUCGAGUAGCCGCCCUUGAGGGAGUCUCCGGCAGUGCCCAGUCAAGUCGCCAAGAGGCAGGCAUCAACUUCAUUAACCCGCGGGACUCCUCGUACGUACAUUCCAGCAUGGCAAGGACGGGCAGCACAAACGAGCUGGGCGCCCCGCCCACCACCGACAGCCUGCAGAAGGCUGUCCAGCAAGUGCUGAGGUCUGAGCUACAAUCAGACACUUUCAGAGCACAGCUGUCAGUCAAAGGAGAUAGAGGCGAACCCGGUCCAAAAGGUAAGGUGAUGCUGGAAGUCCUGGACCAACAGGAAUCAAAGGCGACAUUGGUGUACCAGGUUCACAAGGUCCUCCUGGUCCCAUCGGACACCCCGGGCAGGACGGGCCCAGAGGACCAAAGGGGAGUGCAGGGGAACAUGGGCCAGAUGGUCCUCCAGGGCAGAGGGGCCGAGAGGGCCCUGCAGGACCCCGGGGAGAGCCAGGACCCCCAGGGGCUGGAGAGAAGGGUGACAAAGGCAAUCCUGGUGACCCUGGGAUUCAAGGCCCAUCGGGACCUCCAGGUCCAGUGGGACCCAAAGGCGAUGGAGGUACACAGGGUGUUCCAGGCCCACCUGGUGCCCCAGGUUUACAAGGUUUCCGUGGAGACAACGGGCCUCAAGGACCAAAAGGAGAACCAGGAACUUCUGGCCCACCUGGAACCAAAGGUGAAGCUGGAGAGAAGGGGCCCCGUGGUCCUACAGGUGAACCAGGCCAAAGGGGGCAACCAGGGCCACCUGGUGAAAAAGGACCAAAAGGACCUGCGGGGGAUCAAGGGCAGUCUGGACUGCCGGGAGCCAGGGGACCGGCGGGGCCUCCAGGAGACAGCGGGACUCCAGGUCAACCUGGACUUCAAGGGCCACCAGGUAUACCAGGAAACCCAGGCCUGGCUGGACCCAAAGGUGAACGUGGUGAAGAUGGAAAAGGUGGUUCAAGUGCAGUCGGCCCUGGCGGGGUGUCCAUCCCUGGGCCUCCUGGCCCUGCUGGUCCCCCUGGCACUGCUGGACCUCCAGGGUUGUCAGGUCCCAUUGGCCCUGCAGGACUUCCUGGUCAGCCUGGUCCUAAGGGAACCGCUGGUGAGAAAGGAGAGAAGGGGCCUAGCGGUGACAAAGGAGACCGAGGAGACCGAGGAGACAGGGGCGAGAAGGGGGAGCCCGGCCCCGUCGGGAAAACUGUGGACACACCUGCAGCACCCAAAUAUGAGGCCCCAGAACAUGGCCGCCCAGGAGCAGCAGGACCCCCAGGAACCCCAGGGGCUGCCGGUGCUGCAGGCCUUCCUGGGCCCCCUGGACCUCCAGGCCCACCUGGGCCUGCUGGAGCCGAUGGCCCUCAGGGAAGAGGUUCAGUUGGCCCACCAGGUGAACCUGGCCAAUCAGGUCCAGCAGGUCCAGCAGGUCCAGCAGGUCCACCAGGCCCACUUGGCCCAGGAGGUGCCCCAGGACAGCCGGGAGUCGGGGUGCCCGGAGUGCCAGGCCCCCCGGGUGAAAGAGGGGAGCCGGGAAGCUUUGUGCCAAACCAAGGAGGGUUCUUUGCUGGGCCUCCAGGCCCCAGCGGAGCUCCUGGAGCUCCGGGCCCAGAAGGACAACGGGGUGAAAGAGGAUAUGACGGAGAGCCAGGCCAGCCUGGUCUACCAGGGAGUCCUGGAGGUCCUGGGGGUCCCGGACCUCCUGGAGAAACUGGAAGAGGAUUCCCAGGCCAGGAUGGACAGCCAGGAUCACCUGGUCUCCCAGGCCCACAAGGUCCCCCAGGAUUACUUGGACCCCCAGGGCUGCCAGGAACUUCAGGACCCCAAGGGCCACCGGGCCCCAUUGGUGAAGCCGGGGUCCCUGGUGCACCGGGAAUCCCUGGAUCUUCAUCGGGUGAGUAACUGUCUACAUUUCACACACUUUAAGAAAUACUGAAACAAUUCAGGUUGAGCGCCUUAUUCAGUGGAAGA